AUGACGAUUUCUGGCUUGGUCAAAGGCAUUGGCCUGGCGCUUGCCUUGGCCUCGCAGCAGACAUUGGCCAUCUACCCCGCGAACCUACAUCCCUUUUCACACGCCCGCAGCUUCCACGAGAGACGACCUGAGAUCAACGCCCUCGACAAGAACCAGCGACCAGCAUACAACCUGUCCGUCCCGGUCGACCACUUCCAUAACGAGACCAAAUACGAGCCACACUCCAAUGACUUCUUCAAUCUCCGCUACUGGGUAGACGAUACCUACUACAAGCCUGGCGGGCCAGUCAUCCUCAUAGGUGCCGGCGAGCUCACCGGCGUCGCUCGCCUACCAUACGUGGAGCAGGGCAUUGGCAAGAUUCUCUCCGAGGCCACGGGCGGUUUGACAGUCCUUCUCGAGCAUAGAUACUACGGAACGAGCUACCCAGUACCCGAUCUCUCCACCCACAAUCUGCGAUUCCUCUCCACUGAACAAGCCCUCGCUGAUACGGCUUACUUUGUGCGAAAUAUAAAAUAUCCCGGUCUCGAGCAUCUCAAUCUGACGUCCCAUACCACCCCAUAUAUCUUCUACGGAGGAUCCUACGCUGGUGCGUUUGUUGCUCUGGCCCGCAAGAUCUACCCUGAUGAUUUCUGGGGCGCCAUUUCUGGCUCGGGCGUGCCCCUGCUGAUUGACGACUACUGGGAGUAUCUCGAGGCAGUCCGGAUCUAUGGAGAUCAGGAUUGCGUCCAGGCCUCACAACUCAUUACACGCAUCAUCGAUAAUGUCCUGUUGGGCGAUAGCCCCGACGCUGUUCACAAGCUUAAGCAAUUCUUUGAUCUCGUUGAACUCAGCGACAAAGACUUCGCCUUUUUCGUCAAUCUGGGUCCUAUGGGCUUGCAAGAAACUCAUUGGGAUCCCGACGUUGACGGGCCAGGUCUGGCACGCUACUGCCAAGCAGUCACGGCCGACAGACCUCUUUACUCUAGCACUCGCACACUAACGAACGACGUCAAGGAUCUUUUGGCUGCUGCGGGGUUCAAAGAACAGGCUGAUGAGAUAGUGCCCUUGAUCCUCAACUGGAUAGGCCACACGAGGGCAACAUUCAAGGAAGAGCUCUCUAGUUGCGACCAAGGUUGGGCGAAGUGUUUGCUCAAGAGCACCUCAGUUGAGGACAUCAGCAUUCCUCAAGGGCUGGAACGUCCAUGGGCAUACCAGACUUGUACUCAAUGGGGAUACUUCCUCACUGGCACUGGCGUCCCUGAAGACCAGUCACCACUCGUCUCGCGCUUGAUCGACUAUGAAUACGGGAGCAAAGUGUGUCCUGAGGGCUUCGGCAUACCUGCGGCCCCAGACGUGGAGAGCAUCAACCGCUAUGGCGGUGCCAACUUCUCCCACUCUCGCGUGGCUUUUAUUGACGGCGAGCACGACCCCUGGCGACAAGCUGGAGUCCAUCGCAUUGGUGUCAAUCAGCACAGAACGUCGACCGAUUCCGAGCCAUUCAUCCUGCUCAAGGGCGGCGUGCACCACUGGGAUCAGUACGGACCGAAACCCAAUGCGACAGGCAGCUGGCUGCCUCCCAAGGCUGUUGUCGAAGCGCAGCAGGAAGAGAUCCGCUUCGUGAAGGUGUGGUUGCAUGAGUUUGCCGAGUACAAAGCUAGGAAGGAGGGUAUGGUUUCGGGAUCAAUAGAUGAUACUGGACUUGAGCUUUAG